CACUGAUCCGAUAGGUUAAAGAGCGAGAGCAUUCGUUUACUGAUUAAUCGAUAAACGCAUUGCAUAUGAACAUUAAGAGUUAUAAUUUCAUUGUGUUCUCAGUUGUGGAUAAGAUAGUAGCUCCCUUUUCGAUCGCGACGACAAUUCGUUUUUCUACGAGCCGUCAAUUUUAUGGCAAUUUUAAAAUUUUCAUUACUACAGGUUUAUUGAUUUUAUAGUGUUUUGUAGUAUUAUCAUCAAGAAGAUCGACACGAUUGAUCAUUGGAUUUUACUGCGUCAUUCUCAAGAAUUUUUUUUAUUCUUACUUGAGAUAAAAAAAAUCUUUAGUAUGCCGGAAGCUAGUUCGGUGCCUGGCUUAGCUUAUCUACCGGCGAGAGAAAAUCCGUCAAAAACUGCAGCAGGAUUUCUUAAAGCUAGAAGAAAAAUCGACGGUGCAGAAGGUCUUUGGAGGAUCGAAAACAAACUUUAUGACUUGGAUACCUUCGCAAAAUCGCAUCCAGGUGGAUCUGAAUGGAUUCGACUCACGAAAGGAACCGACAUCACCGAGUUGUUUGAGACCCACCACAUUACCGACAAGGCCGAACGAUUGCUGCCGAAAUUCUACGUUAGCGAUGCCGUGACUCCACGUUCAGUGUCCCUGACUUUCUUACCAAAUGGUUUUUAUCGCACAUUCAAGAAACGUGCAAGCGAAGCUUUGAAGAGUGUCGAUUUCCAUAAACCAUCCAUGACAACGAAUCUCAUCACCGAUUCCUUAAUGGUCACAACUUUUGCGCUGAGUCUCAUGGCCGCCUUCACCCAUUCUUAUGCUCUUAUCUUCUUCGCUAGCGUUUUUCUGACAUGGACGAUCAACGCGGCACACAAUUACUUCCAUAUGAGAGACAAUUUUCGAAUGUAUUACUUUGAUCUCGGUAUGGCGUCUUCCAAAAAUUGGCGUAUCGUGCACGUGAUGAGUCAUCAUAUGUAUACCAACACCAUAUGGGACUAUGAGAUCUACGUGGCUGAGCCGUUUUUACAAUGGCUCCCUCAUAAGGAUAAAUCUUACUUAGCAGGAAUGAUAAGCAGGAUUAUCAGUCCUAUCGUUUGGAUGUUGUUGUUAGUUACGGAAGGCUUGAAACGAUACUAUUCAGUAUUCAAGGAGUAUGGAGUCUUUGAAUUUCGCGAUUUCGUGCCGUUAUUGCUGCCAUUGUCGAUGAGUUUGAUGGCGCCCAAGGUUCUCGUCGCUUUCAAGCUGUGGAUAGCAAUGUUGCUGAUCAGCAGCUUUUUAUUCGGCUUGAUCGGCUUCAAUGCGGCCCAUCAUCACCCUGACAUCUUCCACGACGGCGAUAUCUAUAGGAAUGAUCUGGACUGGGGUCUGCUCGAGAUGGACGCUGUGCGCGAUCGCGAGGUGAUCGACGAUUCGAUCUUUCUAGCGCUCACGAACUACGGCUCACACACGUUGCACCAUCUGCUACCCACCGUGGACCAUCACUAUUUGCAAUUAUGCGUGCCCGCUUUCCUACAGACAUGCAAGGAAUUCAAUGUCAGCGCAGACAAGUGGACGCAGUGGGAGCUUCUGAAAGGACAAUUCAAGCAGCUCGGGCGAACUGACGUGAAGAAGAAUCAGAGAUAGUGCUCGGCACUGACGAAAGGAAGCACGCUCAAUCAUAAAUCUUGUGCAUUAAAUUUUUCAAAUAUUAGUUUUAUGUAAGUGUCUCUCGAGCAAAAAGUGCUGAUAAAUAUAAAUAAGAUAGCUGAAGUUGAAAA